AUGUGUAAUUUCAAUGCAGAAUUCGUCAUCGUUUCAGAGAAUCGCAUCAAUUCGUUUAUUCUGUCGAUGAUAUCUCAUGAGUCUGCAUCCACAUCACAACGACUUCCAAUCGGUGUCUCUAUGGUCGAGCAAGAGUUGACCGCAGUUCUGUCGCUUCUCACUCGCAUCAUCUCACAUAAUCGAACCACAUUCGGAACGCUCUAUGGUGAGCUCAUCAAAGAAGCGAUGUCCAAUUGA